GCUUAACAACAGUAACGUCACACGGACUACAGGGGAGUUUUGUUGAAGUUGCAAAGUCCUGGAGCCUCCAGAGGGCUGUCGGCGCAGUAGCAGCGAGCAGCACAGUCCGCGCGCUCCGGCGAGUGCAGAAGAGCGCAAGGCAGCCAGCGCGAGAGCCGAGCGCGGACCGAGCCGGGACCCACAGCCCCCGCAGCCGCCCAGGCAGAGCCCACCAUGGAACACCAGCUUCUGUGCUGCGAGGUGGAGACCAUCCGCCGCGCGUACCCCGAUGCCAACCUCCUCAACGACCGGGUGCUGCGGGCCAUGCUCAAGGCGGAGGAGACCUGCGCGCCCUCGGUGUCCUACUUCAAGUGCGUGCAGAAGGAGAUCCUGCCGUCCAUGCGGAAGAUCGUGGCCACCUGGAUGCUGGAGGUCUGCGAGGAGCAGAAGUGCGAGGAGGAGGUCUUCCCGCUGGCCAUGAACUACCUGGACCGCUUCCUGUCGCUGGAGCCCGUGAAAAAGAGCCGCCUGCAGCUGCUGGGGGCCACUUGCAUGUUCGUGGCCUCCAAGAUGAAGGAAACCAUCCCCUUGACCGCCGAGAAGUUGUGCAUCUACACGGACAACUCCAUCCGUCCCGAGGAGCUGCUGCAAAUGGAGCUGCUCCUGGUGAACAAGCUCAAGUGGAACCUUGCUGCGAUGACCCCGCACGAUUUCAUCGAACACUUCCUCUCCAAAAUGCCCGAGGCCGAGGAGAACAAACAGAUCAUCCGCAAACAUGCGCAGACCUUCGUGGCGCUCUGUGCCACAGAUGUGAAGUUCAUUUCCAACCCGCCCUCCAUGGUGGCCGCGGGGAGCGUGGUGGCUGCGGUGCAAGGGCUGAACCUGGGGAGCCCUAAUCACUUCCUGUCCUACUACCGCCUCACUCGCUUCCUGUCCAGAGUGAUCAAGUGUGACCCGGACUGCCUCCGGGCCUGCCAGGAGCAGAUCGAAGCCCUGCUGGAGUCGAGCCUGCGCCAGGCCCAGCAGAACUUGGACCCCAAGGCUGCAGAGGAGGAGGAAGAGGAGGAGGAGGAGGUUGACCUGGCUUGCACACCCACCGACGUGCGGGACGUGGACAUCUGAGGGCGCCGGGUGGGCGGGGCGCCGCUGCCACCCGCAGCGAGGGAGGAGCUGGCCCCAGGUGCCCCCCAUGACGCAGUCCCGCUUCUCCGGGACAUUUCACUACCAGAAGGGAAAUCUUCAUUCUCCCCGUUGUUGGUUUUUUUCCCUUUGCUCUUUCUCCCUUCCGUCUCUGACUUAAGCAAAAGAAAAAGAUUACCCAAAAACCGUCUUUAAAAAAGGAAGAGAAAAAAUAGUAUUUGCAUAACCCUGAGUGGUGGGGGAGGGGGGUCGUGCUACAAAAAUAGAGGAUUUUAUACCCCAGUAAUCAACUAGCUUAAUAUUAAUGUGCUCAUGUCUCUGUGUCGUAAGAAUAGACAUUAACACAAAGGAAGAGUCUUGGGGGAGGAUUAGGUUUGAUUCUUUAUGUGUUUAAAUUUAAAAAGCAUAAAAACAUUUAAAAAAAUAGAAAAACUCAAACCAUUUUUAAAGUAGAAGAGGGUUUUAGGUAGAAAAACGUAUUCUUGUGCUUUUCCUAGAAAGCGCAGCUUUAGUGUGGUUCUAGGCAUCUCUGUAUCUCGCUUUGCUCACGCAUGUAGUCACUUUAUAAGUCAUUUGUAUGUGUAUUUUAUUUUGUAGGUAGAUGUGUAACCUCUUCACCUUAUCGUGGUUGAUGUAACCUCUUGGCUAGAGUAGCGUAGCGUGCAGCAUCUCGCGCGCUCACACCUCGCGCCCGCGGCCCCGCCGCGUGGGGUCUGCCGGGCGCCAGCCAGCGUGGCGGUAUCGGGAAAGCGCAGCUCUUCCACUCCUACGAUACGCUACUAGAAAGAGAAAACGAAAUAGUGACAUAAUAUAUUCUAUUUUUAUAAUCUUCCUAUUUUUGUAGUGACCUGUUUAUGAGAUGCUGGUUUUUCACCCAAUGGCCCUGCAGCCAGCUCACGUCCAGGUUCAACCCACGGCUACUUUUGUGUUUUCCUUCUCAAUAUUCCAAAACCAUUCCAUUUCAAAGCACUUUCAGUCCGGUAGUUCUAGGGAAUAUCGCUGUUUCUGUUGUGUGUGCAGGGAGGGCAAUUUUUUAAUGGAAUGGUUUGGGAAUAUUCACGUACUUGUGUGCAAGCAGGAUUGCGAAGCAAGUGCAUGUCACUGCGGUGUCAGCGGAAGGGUGUUUGGGAAGGCUUUGUUCCAGUCGAGAAGAACAGGAUUUGUAUUCUCACACUGCCAGGAUGACGAGUUCCUUUCCUUUUCUUUGAAGAGGUUGAAGUGUAGGGACCCUUUGGUGCCAACUGGUGUUUGAAAGUGGGGACCUCAGAGGUUUACCUAGAGAACAGGUGGUUUAAAGGUUAUCUUUAGAUGUUUCACAACGGAAGGUUUUUAAACACUAAGAUAUAUAAUUUAUAGUUAAGGCUGAAAAGAAUAUUUAUUGCAGAGGAUGUUCAUAAGGCCAGUAUGAUUUAUAAAGUAAUGCAAUCUCCCCUUGAUUAAAACACACACACACACACACACACACACACACACACCUACCUUUCUGCCUUUGAUGUUGCAGAUUUAAUACAGUUUACGAUAGAUCCUUUUAUAGGUGAGGAAAAAAUCUCAAGGAAAACCACACAAAGACAGUGAUUCGGCAUUUCCCAAAGCGAUAUGAUCUGAGAGGUAUCGGAGUUACAAGGAAAAUUAGGGUACUGGAAACAAGCUCAGUUAGGGUAUAUUCUGAUCCCCGCGUGUCCCCCCUUUUACAAAAAAUUAGCAACAAACAGAUAAUUUGCACAUCUUGGCUAUGACCUUUUUGUGAUUUUUAUUUAGGGGGUGUUGAAGGGAGGUGGCGAGAGCGUUGAGGCUGGUGCGUGGGGGAGGACGGGAGGGAGGGGUGUGGGCAGGAGGCUCCCGAGGGGACGGGGCAGUGACCACACCAGGGACAGGCUGCGGCUCCGUUUUCUUAUUGCGCUGCUACCGAUGACUUCCCGGCACGGUUUGGAAACAAGUUCACAUCGCUUCUCUGUAUCUCUUUCACAUUGUUUUGCUGCUAUUGGAGGAUCAGUUUUUUGUUUUACAAUGUCAUAUACUGCCAUGUUCUAGUUUUAAUUUUCUCGUAGGACAUUGUAUUACAGAUGCCUUUUUUGUAGUGUUUUUUUUUUUUUUUAUGUGAUCAAUUUUGACUUAAUGUGAUUACUGCUCUAUUCCAAAAAGGUUCCUGUUUCACGAUACCUCAUGCUUCACUUAGCCAUGUGCAGACCCGGCGGUCAGGCUCUGUCUGCUGCGGCAAACAGACACGCGGACGAGAUCCCACGCGGGCCUGGUGGGGUCGGCACCCAGACCGUGUGCUCGAGAACCACGUGGGCGCCUCAAGACCAAGCUGUGUCCGUUUUCUUUUCCUGCGCCUGUUAUGCUGGAUUCUCCGUCUGAUCUGGGAUGUAUCAUCAUAGUAGACUUCACAGCUGUAUCGUUCUGUGCGUGUAGCUAUGAAAGUUGCAUUAUUAUUAUUAUUAUUAUUAUUGUAAUAACAAGUGUGUCUUACGUGCCACCGUGGUGCUGUGCCCGUAGGACGCUGUCAUUCGGGAUGAUUGGAAUAGCUUCUGGAAUUUGUUCAAGUUUUGGGUGUGUUUAAUCUGUUACGUACUAGUGUUCUGUCUGUCGUCGUUUUGUUAAUUACAGCAUAAUGCUAAUUUAAA